AGGGCAGAACGCACGGACAAAAAACUGCAGCGUUUUUAUCCACCAGGUGCUUCCUAUAGAGACACUACACUUGGGUCCGAACGUGUUGCCGCUUUUACGGCUCACCACUGAAGAACAAGUUGGGGGAAGGUUCUAGGGAAGGUAUUGGACGCCACAGACUCGAUACCGAGACGUUGCUUGCUGCCUGGUGGCCUUAGACGUCACCCCAACAUGAACUCAGGGUCAGGCAACUACUUCACAGCCUCGUUCACUUUCUGAACUCUUCUUUCGUUCUCAAGCAGAAGACUCUCUCUUUCCACCUCAAUCUCCCUCUUCCAAACACACCAAACACAGCAAACGCCAAAUAGCGAAGAUCUGAGGAUCACGUCGAGACCCUCGUUUGCGGCAGCACGUGGAUACGCGCGGAAUUGGACUCGCUGUCUGUUAGGCUGCUAGCGGUUCUGCCUGGUCCGGUCGGGUCUGGUCUGAACUACGAGGGUCCAUUGAAGUUCCGUCUUCGAUCUUCUAAUUCUCCCUCACAAUUAAUUCUCCCACAGCGAAACGCCGCGUUAAUUCUCCACUCAUCUAUACCAAUCGGUCCAAGUUUCGCACCGGCAAGACAAGUGAAUUUUAGAGCUUGAUUGGUACAUAUCAAACCGAACCACUUCCGCUAGGGUAUUUUUGCUGAUACUUAUGACAGAGAAAGUGUCUUCAAAGAACUGAGUAGUGAGUGCUUCGAUAUGAAGACCCUAGGGAUAUAAAAUCCAGGCUUUGAAUCUUAUCUUUGUUUCUUCAGAAACGUCUGUGUGAUCGAAAACUCUUUGGUCUCAACUUUCAAACCACUCAAUCUCUCAAAUCUUUCAAGAUCAUCUCAAGAGGCCUCGUCUUUGUGCUCUUAUACUACAAGAAGGGCAGUCGCCUCUUGAAUUUCACCGCAAAUUCGACCUACUCUACAAUUCAAGUUGUCAGAAAUCACGAACACCACCACCGACAAGAUGCGGGAAUCCAUUGGAGAGAUAGAUUCGGUGAGUUGCCUCUAUCCAGUUGUUGCUCUUCUCUCUUUUGCGCAUCCUUGCUGUACGAUAUACCUUUGGAUAGUCGGAGACCUCUUCGACUCUUGUGAGGAGAAUGGGACCCAAAGACUCUGCACUACUUCAUGUAAAUUGGAUGUUUGAGUGCUGACUAGUAACGAAAUAUUCCUUCACUCACUUAUGGCUUCUUUCCUUUUUCCAUGUUUCUAUCCCAGAUGAUAAAAGCUAAUCGUCCUUGUAUCUAGCCUUUGAUAACACUCACAAUCAAUACACGCGUACCCGAAUCCAGCAGUUAUCUUGACGCUGGUGACAGCUCCAGCGAUGACACUAUUUUCACCCCAAAUUCUUCAACUGUUGGUUCUCCAGAUGAUAUGUUACAUACGUCUUCUACACCUCUUCUUUUUUCGGCUGCUCCGAUGGGCUAUAAUCUUGAGGCUACUACCACGCAUGAUGAUACGCCUAAGCAUACCCCUACACCCGUCUCCACUACCCCCGACACGCCAUUGAUAUGGACAGCAUGGAAUUAUUACUCUUCAGAAUCGACACCAAAAGUAGAACAAGGCACCGCGACAACCACACCAAAUUCUGACUCUACCCAUCACCCAUACACUACCGUGGUAAUACCAGUCGGUAAUUAUAUAAUUGUGGAUCACGGAAGAAACGCCUCUUCCAUGUCAAUACCAUUCGCUACUCAUCCAGCGGCCGCGGUUGGCUAUUCACCUCUAAAUGAAUCGCCGCUCAAUGGAGGAGAACGUGAGGGCUGGGAUUGGACCACCGCUCCUGGCGUUGCCCCAAAUGCGAACGAGCUACAACCAGGUUGGGACAAUACAGAUAUCCAGAGGGAAAUCGAAGCUUCGCGGGAAGAAGCGGAUUUUGAGGAGAUGUGUCAUGUUAGAGCCGCACUGGAGGCAUCACGAGCGGAGCUUAAUCUUAGGGAUUUUGAGGCUAGUUCGUUGGAACAAGAACGCAUCAUGUUGAAUUACGCGGAGGAUUCAAGUAGGCCAAGGCCCAUACUCGAGACCAGAGAGGAUCAAGAAUUCUAUUCCGAGCUUCUUCCUACUGAACUUGAAGUGGAGGACGAAAUGGACGACUUGGAUCUAGAGGAUGAGGACGCGGACGAGGAAGACGAUGAUGAAGAUAUAGCAUGAUAACAAGUGAUACCACAUUUGACAGGAAUACAAUUUGCUUUAGGGAUUUGUUAGACGAUGAUUUUCAUGUUUCAGACAUGCGGCAUAUCUUGAGAAACAAAACGGCGUUUAGGGCAUGGCACGCUGGGGAACCCACACAUCCAUGCAAACACAAGAUCGAGGGACAUGGGUGGCGUAAAUCUGACUUCUUUUGUUUUCUUUUUAGGCAAACGAUGGGGAAUCGAUUGCUGUGGGGCGAAUCAAAAUUGAUCCUGGG